CGCAUGCGCGCUUGAGACCUUGGCGCACCGUCGGUUAGAGGAGUUGAUGAACAAACAAACAAACAAGGAGGGAAGGAAAGGCAAGGCGCUGUGCUGUGUUGUGUUAGUCGGUAAGAUUUCCGGAAGAAGGAGCGGAACUCGGUGGCAGGUGUCGCGCUUUGCGGAUUUGUUUGUCAGCCCGGUUCCCGGUGAGCAGCGCGCGAUGCCGCUGGGCCUGCGGAAGAAGAAGAAGUCGCGGGAGAGCUCGAGCCUGGUGGAGAAUGAGGAGGUCGGAGGAGGAGGAGGAGGAGGAAGUGCGGGAGGGCACGCGGGAAAGAGCGCGGCGAUGAACGGCGGAAGUGGCAGUGGGCUCGCGCCACCACCUGCGAACCUGCGCCCUAAACUGGUGUUCCACACGCAGCUCGCGCACGGCAGCCCCACCGGCCGCAUCGAGGGCUUCAGCAACGUCAAGGAGCUCUACAGCAAGAUCGCCGAGGCGUUCAACCUCACCUCCUCUGAGAUCCUGUUUUGCACCUUGAACACACACAAAAUUGACAUGGAGAAGCUGCUCGGAGGUCAGAUCGGUCUGGAGGACUUCAUCUUCGCUCACGUGAAAGGCAUCAAAAAGGAGGUAGAGGUGUACAAGGCCGAAGAUGCGCUGGGCCUCACCAUCACGGACAACGGUGCUGGAUUCGCCUUCAUCAAGCGGAUAAAGGAGGGCAGUGUGGCCGAUGGCGUGAAGGUGCUCUGCGUGGGAGACCACAUCGAGUGUAUUAACGGGAAGAACAUCGUAGGGACGCGGCACUACGAAGUGGCCCGCAUGCUGAAGGAUCUGCCGAAAGAUCAGUCCUUUAAGCUCAAACUGAUCGAACCUAUGAAAGCUUUUGAGAUGCUCGAACCGAGAUCAAAAGGAUCCAAGCCUCAGGGCGAGAACCGGAUCGGGACUGGCCGAGAGACUCUGAGACUGCGCUCUAAAGGCCCAGCCACUGUUGAGGAAAUGCCCACAGAGUUUGAAGAGAAGGCAGUGAAAAAAGUAGACGACCUCCUGGAGAGCUACAUGGGCAUUCGGGACACGGAAUUAGCGGCCACGAUGGUGGAGGUCGGGCGGGACAAGAUGAACCCGGACGAGUUUGCCGAGGCUUUGGACGAGGCUCUGGGAGACUUCGCUUUCCCUGACGAGUUUGUGUUUGAUGUCUGGGGAGCCAUCGGAGACGCCAAGCAGGGACGCUUUUAACGUCACCGUGAUCUUAACACGCUUCAGCUCACUUAAAGUGUACUUAUUUCACCUCGAUAGCAUUUAUUUACUACUAUUUUUGUAUCGGGUACAUUUUAAACGGCGAUGUCUGUCUCCUCUUUAACCUCAGCGGUUGGUUCGGUGGUCAUUGUGACACUCCUGUAGGGCAGAGGCGAGAACCGCAGGCUCGAUAAUAGCAGUUUAUUAGAAUGAAUCGAAAUCAGGCUGUGUGUAAAAUUUAUUUCAUGAGCUCGCUGACACUCGGUCCAUGACUACAGACUGCCAUAGUCGCAUGACUCGCCACGAAUUAGUGAUUUUAGUGCACCACUUGUUUUGUAUACCUAUUUCUUUGCAGUUUGGCCUGACAAAGGACUACACAAUCUUUCUUGGUGAUUUUUGGAAGCUUUUUUUUUGUACAGAAUAAUCAUUUUAUAGCUCGAUAGAUUUGUAAUCUUUUUAAUUUAUUUGGUCAAUAAAAUCCUUUCAAACUGA